CAUACCCUUAAGUUAAAUCCCUGCCGUCCACGCUUCUCUCACCUCAGACCUGGUUUCAUUGUCUCUCUUCGUCACUCGCUGAUUAGGGUUGAAAACACCUCGCUCUCGCUCUCUCUCACAAAUCUCACAUCGACCGAUCGUCGGCUAAGUGGCAGCUGACACUAAAACAGAACAAAGAACAAAGGAAAGAGAGUGGAGUUUUUGAGAUAGAGAGAUGGGAAAGAAGGCGAAGAGCUCAAGGAAAGGAAAGAAGGCAUGGAGGGCUAACAUAAGCACAGAGGACAUAGAUGAAUACUUUGAGAAGUCGACCAAAGACGCUCUUUCCGGUGGUUCUCUCACUAACGUUCCCAGCGAAUCGCUAUUUUUUGUUGACAAAUCGAGAGAUCUUUCAGUCAAGAGGAAGAUUGAAAAGCACAGAGAAAAAGUACUAUACUGUGACAGCUUGUUACAAAGGAAUUCCUUUGUUCAACCAGUACCAUCUUCAACAAAGAAGAAAUCCAAGAAAAGAAGUAAAGAAGUUCCAAAAGCAAAAGAUGAUGUUCAAGGUUGUCUCAAGGAGGAGGGUGUCUCGGAUUCUGGCAUGGUUGACAUAUGGGAUGGUGAACACACUGGUAAAACUAAAAAGUUAUUCGCUGCUGUAGAAGUUGAGCCUCCUGGAUGCUCAUUCAAUCCAUCGUUUGAGAGUCAUCAGGAUUCGUUAGCUCGUGCUGUUGCAGAUGAAAUGCAGAAAAUUUAUCGACAUGAGUUGGGACCUGAGCCAGUUCCAUUAACUGUUCCUGGAGAAGUUGUUGAUGAAGAAGAAAUGUAUUUUCUUGAUGCGGAUAAUGGUAGUGACGAUGAUGAUCAAAACAUUGCAAAUGAGGACAAGGAUGGAGAUAAUGAACAUGAAAAUAGGCCCUCUAUAAAAAAAAGGGUUACACGAGUUGAGUUGAACAGGAGGGAUAGACGUAAGGAACAGCAGAGAGCAAAAGCAGAAGCGAAGAAAGUGGAGCAACUCUCCAAAGAAAUUGACUCCCUGCCAGAUAUAAUUCAAGAAAUAGCCAAAGAGGAUGAAGAGAAGCAAAAAAGACAUCUACGCCGUGCAGUUGCUAAGCAAGAAAGAUUGAAAUCCCGCCCACCACACUUGGGAAAGCACAAAUAUGAACCUGCCCCUGUUCAGGUCCUGUUAUCUGAAGAAAUUUCCGGUUCCCUCCGUAAGCUGAAGGGCUGUUCUACCCUUGCUAGGGAUCGGUUCAAGAGCUUAGAGAAAAGAGGAUUGAUUGUUCCAACGGCUAAGAGCGGCAGGAAGUAGGAAGUGUAUUCACCUCUCUGGAAGUGGUCUGGACUGCCUAGUUUUCAGUUAUUGAAAGUUGGGUUUGUGUCGAACAUCAUGGUGUAGUAGAAGUGUGAGAUCUAAGUAGCUGCAUUUUGAAUGUGAAGAUUCUGCUGAUGCUGAAGAUUUCUUAUUACUAUGCCUAUUCAGUUUACAAUCUUUUCCUAUUCUCAGUUGUCAGGUUGUUGCAAUUUUCCCAAAUUUUGAGUAUUAGAUAAUGGAUAAAAUUUGUACCUUUUAGCCUGGUUGUUUAAUUACAUGAAAACCAGUUUUCAGAUCCCUUUUCUGUUGGAUGAGGAGUGGGGUAAUUGUAUGUCGGUAUUUUUCCAAGAUUUUGUGUCUUUUGUUUUGAUGUGUAUGGCAAUGCUUUUCACUAGUAGUCUCUGUUUCUUCUA